GCAAACCAAGUGUCCACUGCAGUAGGUCUCAUCCUCUGCUUUUCAGCCAGCUCUAUUAGAAAAGAAUAGAGUCAGAGCAUCUGGAUUGUGUGGGGCUGAGCUUCUCCCAUGGCUCCUGCAAAGUGUCCAGCCUCCCUUCCUCUGUGUGUGUGUCUGUUGUUGGCCUCUGGCUUUGCCCAGGCAGGCAGGCUGCUGGUGGUGCCUGUGGAUGGGAGCCACUGGUUCACCAUGAAGAUGGUUGUGGAGAAACUCAUCAACAGAGGGCAUGAGGUGGUGGCAGUUAUACCAGAGGUGAGUUGGCAACUGGGACAAUCUCUGAAUUUUACAGUGAAGACAUACUCAAUUUCUUACACUGUGGAGGACCUGGAUCGUGUGUUCAAGAUUUUUUCUGACACUCAGUGGAAAACUCCAGAAGACAGUAUAAGAUCUUUAACAACAGGCUCAGCUAAACAUUUCUUCAAAUUACGGUUUUCACACUGUAGGAGUUUGUUUAACAACAUGAAGAUAGUGAAGUACCUGAAGGAGAGUUCUUUUGAUGCUGUGUUUCUGGAUCCUUUUGAUGUGUGUGGCUUAACUGUUGCCAAAUAUUUGUCACUUCCAUCAGUGAUCUUUGCAAGAGACAUAUUUUGUGACUAUCUUGAAGAGGGUGCCCAGUGCCCUAGUCCCCUGUCUUAUGUUCCUAGACUAUUGUCACAAUUCACAGAUACCAUGACUUUCAAAGAGAGAGUAUGGAACCAUCUAUUGUAUAUUGAAGAACAUGCAUUUUGUCCCUAUUUUUUCAAAAGUGCUACAGAAAUUGCUUCUGAAGUUCUCCAGACCCCAGUGACUAUGUAUGACCUCUUCAGCACAGUGUCCAUUUGGUUGUUACGCACUGAUUUUGUGUUGGAUUUCCCCAAACCUGUGAUGCCCAACAUGGUCUUCAUUGGUGGGAUCAACUGCCAGCAGGGAAAGCCAUUUUCCAAGGUAUGUUAUAUCUUCUUUAGCACAUGA